AUGGAGGCGGGUUCAUCUGGAAAUGGGGAUGGGGCAGCGCCCACAGCUCUGGCCAAGUGGGGGAGUGACGUCUCGAGGGUGUUUCAGUACUACCUUGACCGCUCGACGCCGCACACCCCUGGAAGGUGGUUGGGGACACUCGCCAUCGCCAUGGUCUAUACGCUAAGGGUCUACCUGCUACAGGGCUUCUACAUCGUUACCUACGGUCUCGGGAUCUACCUUAUCAACCUGCUAAUCGGGUUUCUCUCCCCAAUGGUGGAUCCCGAGAUGGAAGUACUUGGAGACGGGCCUUCGUUACCUACCCGCGGUUCCGACGAAUUCAAACCCUUCAUGCGCAGGCUCCCCGAGUUCAAGUUCUGGUAAUCCUUCAAAUGGCACGAUCCGCUAUCUCUUUAUGCGUUUGGCCAGCCCUUUCUGAACGUCUUGCGUACCGAUGGCCUCGUUUCCUCAUUUUUAUCAUCAAUCUUUUUUAACCUGCAUUAUAUUUUUUCAGUUGUUUUCAACUCUUUCUCUAUCUGGAAGCCAUAUCCUCUGUGUAUUGCAAGGGUUUGUCUUCAGAAUGAAAAUCGUGGAUCGUCAUUUUUCUGACGAAGAAGUAGUUCUCGGGUGCUCAGUUUAUUUGAGACGAUUAGGAAAACGGUAUGAAAUAUAUUUUAGUUGAAAAAUUAUUGCAAAUCUGGAACAUAAAUUCGCUAUCUGAUGAUAGUACAUUUGAACUUUUCGUAAAGAUUAUUGAAAAUCAAAAUGUUUUCGACACGAUUCUUUCAUGCCCUUUGGUGUCAGAGUAGUUGAGAAGAAUCUUUUCCAUCUGUCAUGUGUAAAUAGGUAUACACAGUUGGAUGUUUUAUCCUCUUUUAGGGCUUGAUGGAACGAUGACACUGUUUGCUUAGUUUGAUUAUCGACUAGCACAUUUAUGCGAUCAAAUUCCAUUUUAGAAAUUUUCUGUGAAGAAAGAACAAUUCCUCCCUAUUCUACUCCUCAAAUGAAUGACAUUCUAAUUCUAUAUCAGCAUGAAUAGAAUGUCAAUGGUAUGAGGGUUAACAUGACAACUUGGAAAGAAAAAUGCUUCCAAAGAGGGAUAUUGAAGGCAGCCUUUUUCCCUCUCCGUUUUAGCAGUUGACUUUAUUAUGUACCUGAUGUUUUUGUAGCAGAUGUUACAUUUUUCAUGCUUCUCAUAUAGUGCAAAAUGUUCGGCAGAGAAUCCCAUAGUAUAUAAGAAGCUGUAUAUUUUCUGUUGGAGAUGCUCGGUAAACCUUUUCAAUUGAUGGCCGUUAUCUUUCCCUGAGGUUUUUUUCCUUGAAUUUGCUUGACUGUUGAAUUAUAUUACUCUAAUGAACUUAAAUUCCUUGCUUCACCUUUGUGCUUUCCAUUCCUCAUUAAAAAUUCUUUGCCUGAAAUAACUCCAGUUGUGGUUUAUUUCACUAUUUAUAAAUAGCAUCACUUCCAAAAACUCUGCAGUUAAUUGUAUAAGAUGAACGGAGUUUAGAUUAUUUGUACUUCAGAAUCAGGAUAUUAGUAAUAGUAAUCCUUAUGAAUCUCUACAUAACCAUGCCAUCACAUGCCUAUGUCAAGUUCUAAUGAGAAAUGCAUCAACUCUCAUUUUUCGGGUUUUAAAUGGACUUGUUGGACAUCAAGUAAACCAAAACAUAUUGGAUUAUGUGCAAGCACAUCUUCUGGAGUUUCUUAGGAGAUAACAACUGACGUUCACUGCAAUAUUCGGCUCAAUUCCAGGAGAUAACAUCUUCUGGAGUUUUAAAUUGAUUUAUUAUUUGUAUGCAUGAGCUGAUGUGUUUAGAUGCAUUUCUCUUAUUCAUUGUUUUGUAUGUUUCAAUUCGACCCAAUUAAAUUAAUUUAUUUUUCGUAUGCAUGAGUAGAUAUGUUUAGAUGCAUUUUUCUUAUUAAUUGCUUAGUAUGUUUCAAUUCCAUGUCUACCUUGCAUCGGUAUUACACACUCAGUAUCGGUGAUCUAUUUCCAAAGGGUCAAUAUGUGUAUGUUUCGGUUUGAUGAUUUAUUUUAAGCUUUGGAAAGUACUCUUUAGGUUACCUUCAGACGCAAUAUAUCUCUUAUGAGUGUUCAUAUUCAAGCGAAUAUUGAGAGUUUUGUUGAUCUGUCAUUUGUCCGAUUUUCAUUAAUGUUGGCUAUAAUUUUCUUGCGACCUCAAAUGGCUUCCAUGUCAUAAAAAGCAUAUAAAAAAUUAAGAAACACAAGGUUAUAAGUAAUUCAUUUAUUAGGAGACUAUUUUAUUAUAUUCAGCCUUCAACUCAACCUGGCUACUGUAUUGGCUGGAGGUGAAAACUGGAAAUGGAAGAAUAGUCUAUAAACCCUUGAAAAAUCUUACUACGUAAAUGUAGUAAUGCCAAAAAAUUUAACGGCUUACUAUUAGAUAUCUAGCAUUGUAUAGCGGAUCUUGGGUUUGACAGGUAAUCAAUACGUCAAUGUCUAUGAUUUUAAAGGUGAAUGAGACAUUUUUAAUAUUCUAAUAAUAAAAUGGCGUUAAUGAUAAACAUGAAUGAGUUCGUUGUCAACUUGACAAACAUUUGGGAGAUUUUAGUUGCAGGUUUCCUACACUCUUGUGAUUAAUACUUCACGUGCUGAGGUUACCCUUGCAUCCAAGAAUUUAUAAAACUAUACUGACGUGAAAGCUAUAGCACUUUCACCGCAUGUGAAAGCUUUGGAUAUACUGCAUCUACAAUGUUAUGAUUGUUAUCAGUUGUCGCAUCACAUGAUAAACCCCACUGUAUCAUGCAUCAAAAUUGGAAGCUGCAUCUCUCUUUUUAACUUUUGUCGACAGCAUGAACCAUAUUGGAUGCACUUAUGAACCCCAUAUGCUCUUUUUCGGGUCCAUAAGGCCGAUUCAUUGGGAGGCUUUGAUGUCUUAUGAUUCUAUACAUUCAGUAAUGCACGUUUGAGAGUUGCCCAUUUAUCAUGAGAUGAUCCCAGGAAUAGAUGUCAUCUCAAGACCCCAAAGAACUAGAAAUCAAAUUGAUAUUUUGAGGUGGCAUUCCAUCAGUCUAAGCUUUUCUGUGUUGAUUGCAUGUAUAUGUGAUAUGAUUGUGUCCUAUUAUAAACAUGCGAGAAUAAAAUCUUCUUGCGUCGUUUUUAAAAACGCUAGAUGGAUACUUCAAAUGUUUUUUUUUGGUACACUUAUCUUAGCAGAGUCUACCUUUCUCGUUGGGUUUCUUCUCUAUUUUGUGAAUAAAAAGCAUCCUUGAUCAAUCAGAUUGAGGAUGCUGUUUACUCUCUGCGCAUGCCCACUUUAUCUCUGUUUUCUUCUUUUUGGUUGCAGGUAUGCUAUAACAAAAGCCUUUUUAGUGGCUUUCGUCAUGACUUUCUUCUCCGCAUUUGAUGUUCCCGUGUUCUGGCCCAUUCUACUGUGUUAUUGGAUGGUUCUUUUUUUCCUGACAAUGAAGCGCCAGAUUCUUCACAUGAUCAAGUACAAGUACAUCCCAUUCAACGUGGGAAAGCAAGUAAGAUCUUAUCACCUUAAUCCGUUGGUUUUCUUCUAUCUUCUGCUUGGUUGUCACCUUCCCUGUGAGAGACCGUCCCUGUCCAAGCCAAAAAUAUGCUGCGAAUAGCAACCUAAAACCCCAGGGUUUCCGGUUCCUUUUUUCCGGUUCGGAUAUGAGUCAGGUUGCACUUGUAGCAGAUAAUUGGUUACUCCCCAAAGUUCCCAGGCAUGUCCGUUCUUCUCUGUUAGGAUGGGGAUCCAACAGCUGUAGGUUCUUUGAUCAAUGGGCCUAAAGGAUGGACUCAAGUGGCUCACUGGGAACUGGGCUGGACUCAUUUGCGGCAGGAAACCAGGUCGAAUUCUUGUUGAAGUUUUCCCAAUCAGCGACUUGACUUCCCAGGAAGAAUACUUGCUCUCUUCCAGCCUUUCUUACCCACCGACAGGGCAUACCUUUGCUUGAAUUACCUUUAACAUUGGAGUCUGACUGUCUCUGAACGGACCCCACCCCCAACUCUUAUGUGUGGCAGAAGUACACCGGGAAGAAGGCCAGGCCGGGGACUGACUGA